GAACCAGGGAGCGGGCGAAGGAAGCGCAGACCACGGCUCACUUGACUUAGGUUACGUCUUUGGAGGAAAACCUGAAUAAUGGCAUCGAAGUUUUACAGCCUGACGGCUAAACUGUUGACAGGAGAAAUAUUUAACUUCUCCUCGCUUCAGGGAAAAGUCGUCCUUAUUGAAAAUGUCGCGUCUCUCUGAGGCACGACCGUCAGGGAUUACACCCAGAUGAACGAGCUCCACGAGAAGUACUCCAGUAAGGGGCUCGUUAUCCUGGGAGUUCCCUGCAACCAGUUCGGCCAUCAGGAGAACUGCAAGAAUGAAGAAAUCCUCCUGUCCCUGAAGCAUAUCCGUCCAGGAAACGGCUUUGAGCCAAAGUUUCAGCUCCUGGAGAAGGUGGAUGUCAAUGGGAAGGACGCCAACCUCCUGUUUGUGUUCCUGAAAGAAAAACUCCCAUUCCCCAGCGACGAUCCUUCAUCCCUGAUGACCGACCCCAAGCUGAUCAUCUGGAGCCCGGUGAGCCGGAACGACGUGGCCUGGAACUUUGAGAAGUUCCUCAUUGGGCCAGACGGAGUGCCUUUUAAGCGCUACAGCAGGAGGUUCCUCACCAGCGACAUCGAGGAAGACAUCAAGAAGCUCCUCAGUCAGGCGACCUAACCACUCCACAGCUCACCCUGGCCCUAUUAUGUUCAGCCAUAAACCAGGUUCCAACUUGUAAUUCACCAGGGAGACAUCUGUGGGCCUUGUCUAGUCCCUCCGUGGUUUCUCUAGUUGUUGGCAUCACCUGUGCUCUCCUGUGUCUGAUAGCUGUGUUGUUUGUUUUUACUACAUGAAGACGCCCUCUGAAACCAGGUGUAAGGAGGGUGUUGGAUGAAAUGUAAAAGAUGCAAUGUUUACAGCUUCAUCGGCUGCAUGUAAAGCACGGUUGUGGUGUGAUAUGAGGACCAAUAAAAGUUUUUAUCCAGA